AUGCACAACAAAGGCUUUGAAAGAACAUUCUGGCCAUGCAAAACGCCUGUCCUUUUAAAUAGACGUCUGGCACCGGAUCGGCAGACAAACUUUAAGGUUAUGCUAGCAUUAUUUCUUCUUCUGUUCCUUAUAUGCCCACAUCUUCAAUGUCGGAGACUUACAACGGAGGAGAAUGAGCUCAACAGCAUUAAAUGCGGCGUUCAUUUCCUAGGGCAGCCCGUUCAGGGAAACCGUCUGGUCAAAAAGUCUUAUGGAGGUCGAGAAUUCGAAGAAAAUGAGUAUCCUUGGACUGCUGUGUUACUAAAAAAUGGGCAAGCAUAUUGCAGUGGUGUUCAAAUAUCUCCACGACAUAUUUUGACAGCUGCUCACUGUGUGUUGGCCUUUGACGAAAUAGAGAGGAUGGAGCUGUGUCGCAUGAACCAGUCACAGAGCAUUGUUUCCUACAUGGAUAUGCCAGAAAAUAUACUAGUAGCAAUCGGUGGGGAGAAAGUGAACUGCAACAGCUUCCCUUGCCAAUACAAUAAGAAUUUGUAUAGAGCAAAAAAGAUCACAACAAAGGAAAUGAGCAUGUGUGACCUCAAAGAGGAUCUGGCACUUAUUGAACUCAGCCAAAAUAUCUUGGAAAACGACUCGACAGCGAUUUGCAUGCCCAAAGAUGACUUGCAACCGGAUCGUGUUCUCUAUGCAAGCGGCAUCGGAAUCGAUCCUUCAAGCCCUAUCACUUUCGAGAAUCAGAACGGCGAGCAAGCACAUGGACAGCAAGUAGUAGCACUCCGCUAUCACGCAGUCGAUCAGUUACUGCACCAGAUUGAAACCGUGACCUUUGCAAAAGGAACAUGUUCAGGAGACAGUGGGGGUCCGCUGUUUCAAGUGAACGAAGAGGGACGCCAUAUCCUUGUGGGAAUUAAUAGCAGCAAAGUUCGAAAUUGCAAACAGCAUAACGAAAAUAUGAUAAACUAUUUCACUGACGUACGUGCGAAUUUGGACUGGAUCUGCAAAUAUUCAGGUGUCUGCCCACUGGAAGAAGAAUUGUGGUGA